AUGGCCUCCAUAUCGCUGAGGAGCCUCGUGAGGCCCUCGCUCCCCGUUGCGCCUCGCAUCCAGCCCAUCAUCAUCGCCGCCUUCUCCACCACCAGCCUCGUCUCCGCUGCCGCGCCGCCCGCCAUCAAGAACCGCAAGGACCUCCCGAAGAAGACGAAGAAGACGUACAAGAAGAAGCAGAACAUUGUGCCCGUCAAGAAGCCCGCCCCCGGCGAGCGCAAGGCCUUCCGCAAGCGCAUCCAGCUGAGCAACAACAGCGCGCUCCCCGUGGCCGGGCUGGACGCGCUCGAGGCGCAGACCAUGGCCCGGGCGGAGAGCUCGGGGAGGAUGUUCGCCGUGCCGGACGAGGUGGUGGACCAGCUGAGGGCGCUGGAAGCGUUCAAGAGCACGCAGACGUGGAACCUGUUCCGGAAGCCGCACGUGCUCGUCCGCAAGGAGACGGUCGAGCUGAUGGGCCGGCUAGAGGCUUCGCUGGAGAAGAAGGAGGCGUUUAAGUGCUAUCAAUGCCAAGAUCUUACCAACGGAAACACAGAGUACUCCCCCGUCCCUGACACGGAACCCAUGCAGUUCACCCAGCCCGUGUACUGCCUGAAGCUGCUCCAGAACAUCUACAAGGCCAACAGGGCCGUCCUGGAGAAGACGCCCCUGAAGCAGGACUGGUCCCGCCUGUCGGCGACGCUCAAGCCGGGCUCCACGCUGGCCGACCUCGCCCUCAGCGCAAAGGAGAGCGAGUUCGCCUGGCCCACGCUGUCGGCGCUGUGGACGGAGCUGACGCAGCCCGGGCAGCCCCCCGUGCUGCUGACCCUCGACGGCCUCGCCCACAUCAACAAGGUCAGCGCGUAUCGCGACCCCGCCUUCAACCCCGUGCACGCGCACGAGCUGCUCCUCGUGCGCACCUUUGUCGAUGCGCUGUCCGGAAAGACGAAGCUCCCCAACGGCGGCGCCGUCAUCGCUGCCACCUCCCAGAACAACACCCACUUCCACCCGUCGCAGGAGCUCGCCUUGUCGCAGCUCGAGGCCGGACAGGCGGGCAAGCCGGUGCCGAAGCCUGACCCUUAUGAGCGAAAGUACGACGACAGGGUGUAUGAUGCACUCAAGAACAGCACCGUGAUGCGUCUCGAGGGCGUCUCCAAGGAGGAGGCCAGGGUGCUGAUGGAGUACUGGGGCGCCAGCGGGAUGCUGCGCAGUGUGCUUGAUUCGAGGGUCGUGGCGGAGAAGUGGGCUUUGGGAGGGCAUGGCAUUGUGGGAGAGAUGGAGAGGGCUUCGCUCAUCACAAUGAGGAUGUAA